AUGGGGGGCAGUAGAUCCGAGAACAAGGCCGGCUAUUUCGACAAGCUUAAGGGCUUGCUCGAAGAGUACACCUCUAUCUUCGUCGUCACCGUCGACAAUGUCAGCUCCCAGCAGAUGCACGAGAUUCGACAAGCCCUCCGCGGUGAGGGUGUUGUCUUGAUGGGCAAGAAUACCAUGGUUCGUCGCGCCAUCAAGGGAUUUAUCAGUGAAGAACCUGCUUAUGAGCGACUUCUUCCCUUCGUCAAAGGCAACGUGGGAUUCGUCUUCACCAAUGCCGAUCUUAAGACAAUUCGUGAUAAGAUCCUCGCCAACAAGGUUGCUGCUCCGGCCAGAGCUGGUGCAGUCGCUCCCGACGAUGUCUUCGUCCCCGCUGGUAACACUGGUAUGGAACCCGGAAAGACCUCUUUCUUCCAGGCUCUCGGUGUCCCAACCAAGAUUGCUCGUGGUACCAUCGAAAUUACUGCCGACUUGAAGCUCGUCGAGGCUGGCAGCAAGGUCGGAGCUUCCGAGGCCACCCUUCUCAACAUGUUGAACAUCUCUCCCUUCACCUACGGCAUGGGUAUCUCCCAGGUCUACGACCAAGGCAACACCUUCCCACCUAGCGUUCUCGACAUCGAGGAAUCCCAGCUCCUCAAGUCCUUCUCUAGCGCAAUCACCACCAUUGCUUGCAUCUCGUUGGCCGCCAACUUCCCAACCCUGCCAUCCGUCAUGCACUCAGUCGUCAACGGCUACAAGAAGGUCUUGGCCGUUGCCGUUGAGACCGAGUACAGCUGGCCUGAGAUAGAGGAGUUGAAGGACCGCAUUGCCAACCCCGAUGCUUACGCCUCUGCUGGACCCGCUGUCACGAGCACCGAAACUGCCAAGGACGACGCCCCCGCGGAAGAGGAGAAGGCGGACUCAGAAGCUGAGGAGUCGGGCGAUGAAGGUUUCGGCGGCUUGUUCGACUAA